CUUUCUUUCCCUCCGGUGGUCCAGCUUUCUCAGGUUUGCUCUUUAUUUUCUCGGUUUCCUGUUCCGGAAGCGCGGGUGGCGCUACUGUCUUGGUGGCUGUAGUAUAAGCCUGGAUUUGCUCUGACAGCGACCUCGCGGCAGGAGAGCCUUUUGAUGCUCUGCCAGGGUCGGUGAAGGAUUCAGAAAUGACUAAUAAUCAGCCCAUGUCAUCAAGGAGCUAAUAAUCUAGUGGAGGAAUUAGACAUGUGCACACAUGACUAUAAUAUGAGACAGUCUCCGAGCUUAUGUUCUCUGUGGAAGAUGUGAUAUAUUCAGACAGUACAUCAUGAUGCAAGGCAAUACAUGUCAUAGAAUGUCAUUCCACCCAGGACGAGGAUGUCCCCGAGGGCGUGGAGGACAUGGAGCCCGACCCUCAGCUCCAGCCUUUAGACCUCAAAAUCUGAGACUACUUCACCCUCAGCAGCCUCCUGUGCAAUACCAAUAUGAACCUCCGAGUGCCCCUUCCACCACAUUCUCGAACUCUCCAGCCCCCAAUUUUCUGCCUCCGCGACCAGACUUUGUACCCUUCCCUCCACCCAUGCCUCCUUCAGCACAAGGCCCUCUUCCCCCUUGCCCAAUCCGGCCCCCCUUCCCCAACCACCAGAUGAGGCCCCCCUUCCCAGUGCCUCCCUGUUUUCCUCCCAUGCCACCUCCAAUGCCCUGUCCUAAUAACCCCCCAGUCCCUGGAGCACCUCCUGGACAAGGCACUUUCCCCUUCAUGAUGCCCCCUCCUUCCAUGCCGCACCCCCCACCCCCUCCAGUCAUGCCACAGCAGGUCAAUUAUCAGUACCCUCCCGGAUACUCACACCACAAUUUCCCACCUCCCAAUUUUAAUAGCUUCCAGAACAGCCCUAGUUCUUUCCCACCCAGUGUGAAUAACAGCAGUAGUCCUCAUUUUAGGCAUCUCCCCCCUUACCCGCUCCCAAAGGCUCCCAGUGAGAGAAGGUCCCCAGAAAGACUCAAGCACUACGAUGAUCACAGGCACCGGGAUCAUAGUCAUGGGCGAGGCGAGCGGCAUCGGUCCCUGGACCGGCGGGAGCGAGGCCGAAGUCCUGAUAGGAGAAGACAAGAUAGCCGCUACCGAUCAGAUUACGACCGAGGGAGGACACUGUCCCGCCACCGGAGCUAUGAGCGGAGCAGAGAGCGGGAACGGGAGAGACACAGGCACCGGGACUGCCGAAGAUCACCAUCUCUGGAAAGGUCCUACAAAAAAGAGUAUAAGAGAUCUGGAAGGACUUAUGGUUUGCCAAUUGUUCCUGAACCUGCUGGAUGCACACCAGAAUUACCUGGGGAGAUUACUAAAAAUACAGAUUCCUGGGCCCCGCCCCUGGAGACUGUGAAUCAUCGCUCCCCAAGUAGGGAGAAGAAGAGAGCUCGCUGGGAGGAAGAAAAAGACAGAUGGAAUGACAGCCAGAGCUCCUGCAAAGAGAAAAAUUAUACGUCCAUCAAGGAAAAAGAGCUGGAGGAGGCGUCUCCUGACAAAAAUGAGGAGGAGGAAGAAGAACUUCUCAAGCCUGUGUGGAUUCGAUGUACCCACUCAGAAAACUACUACUCCAGUGACCCCAUGGAUCAGGUGGGAGAUUCUACUGUAGUUGGAACAAGUAGACUCCGUGACUUGUAUGACAAAUUUGAGGAAGAGCUGGGGAGCAGGCAAGAGAAGGCCAAAGCUGCGAGACCUCCGUGGGAGCCUCCCAAGACAAAGCUAGAUGAAGAUUUAGAGAGUUCCAGUGAAUCUGAGUGUGAAUCUGAUGAGGACAGCACGUGUUCAAGCAGUACAGACUCAGAAGUGUUUGACGUCAUUGCAGAGAUCAAACGCAAAAAGGCCCAUCCUGACCGCCUUCACGAUGAACUUUGGUACAAUGACCCAGGCCAGAUGAAUGAUGGACCCCUCUGCAAAUGCAGCGCAAAAGCGAGACGCACGGGAAUCAGGCACAGCAUUUAUCCCGGAGAGGAGGCCAUCAAGCCCUGCCGUCCCAUGACCAACAACGCCGGCAGACUUUUCCAUUACCGAAUCACAGUUUCCCCUCCUACAAACUUUUUACAUGUGUACCGCGUGAGCCUGCAGGAAGGUAUUGCAGAACCCAACCUCUUGUUUUUGUUAUUUCAGAUUCCACUGUGUAAAGUAAUUAGGUUCAACAUUGACUACACCAUUCAUUUCAUUGAAGAGAUGAUGCCUGAGAAUUUUUGUGUGAAAGGACUUGAACUCUUUUCAUUAUUCCUAUUCAGAGAUAUUUUGGAAUUGUAUGACUGGAAUCUUAAAGGUCCUCUGUUUGAAGACAGUCCUCCCUGCUGCCCAAGAUUUCAUUUUAUGCCACGUUUUGUAAGAUUUCUUCCAGAUGGAGGAAAGGAAGUGCUGUCCAUGCACCAGAUUCUCCUCUACUUAUUACGGUGCAGCAAAGCCCUGGUUCCUGAAGAGGAGAUUGCCAAUAUGCUUCAGUGGGAAGAACUUGAGUGGCAGAAAUAUGCCGAAGAAUGCAAAGGCAUGAUCGUCACCAAUCCUGGAACGAAACCCAGCUCUGUCCGCAUCGAUCAACUGGAUCGUGAACAGUUCAACCCUGAUGUGAUUACUUUUCCGAUUAUUGUCCACUUUGGGAUACGCCCUGCACAGUUGAGUUAUGCAGGAGACCCACAGUACCAGAAACUGUGGAAGAGUUAUGUGAAACUUCGCCACCUCCUAGCAAAUAGCCCCAAAGUCAAACAAACUGACAAACAGAAGCUGGCCCAGAGAGAGGAAGCGCUCCAAAAAAUACGACAGAAGAAUACAAUGAGGCGAGAAGUAACAGUGGAGCUAAGCAGCCAAGGAUUCUGGAAAACCGGCAUCCGUUCUGAUGUCUGUCAGCAUGCGAUGAUGCUGCCUGUUUUGACCCAUCAUAUCCGUUACCACCAAUGCCUAAUGCAUCUGGACAAGUUGAUAGGAUAUACUUUCCAAGAUCGUUGUCUGUUACAGCUGGCCAUGACUCACCCGAGUCAUCACUUAAAUUUUGGAAUGAAUCCUGAUCAUGCCAGGAAUUCUUUAUCUAAUUGUGGAAUUCGGCAGCCCAAAUAUGGAGAUAGAAAAGUUCAUCACAUGCACAUGCGGAAAAAAGGAAUUAACACCUUAAUAAAUAUUAUGUCACGCCUUGGCCAAGAUGACCCAACUCCCUCAAGGAUUAAUCACAACGAACGGUUGGAGUUCCUGGGGGAUGCUGUUGUUGAAUUUCUGACCAGUGUCCAUUUGUACUAUUUGUUUCCUAGUCUGGAAGAAGGAGGAUUAGCAACCUACCGAACCGCCAUCGUUCAGAAUCAACACCUUGCCAUGCUAGCAAAGAAACUUGAAUUGGAUCGAUUUAUGCUUUAUGCUCAUGGACCUGACCUUUGUAGAGAAUCAGAUCUUCGACAUGCAAUGGCUAAUUGUUUUGAAGCAUUAAUAGGAGCUGUGUACUUGGAGGGAAGCCUGGAGGAAGCCAAACAGUUAUUUGGACGCUUGCUCUUUAAUGAUCUGGAUCUGCGUGAAGUCUGGCUCAAUUAUCCUCUACAUCCACUCCAACUACAAGAGCCAAAUACUGAUCGACAGCUUAUUGAGACUUCUCCAGUUCUGCAGAAACUUACUGAGUUUGAGGAAGCAAUUGGAGUAAUUUUUACUCAUGUUAGACUUCUGGCAAGAGCAUUCACAUUGAGAACUGUGGGAUUUAACCAUCUGACCCUAGGCCACAAUCAGAGGAUGGAAUUCCUAGGUGACUCCAUAAUGCAACUGGUAGCCACAGAAUACUUAUUUAUUCACUUCCCAGAUCAUCAUGAAGGACACUUAACUCUAUUACGAAGCUCCUUGGUAAAUAAUAGAACUCAGGCCAAGGUAGCGGAGGAGCUGGGCAUGCAGGAAUAUGCCAUCACCAAUGACAAGACCAAGAGGCCCGUGGCCCUGAGGACCAAGACUUUGGCAGACCUUUUGGAAUCAUUCAUUGCAGCACUGUACAUCGAUAAGGAUUUGGAAUAUGUUCAUACUUUCAUGAAUGUUUGUUUCUUUCCACGAUUAAAAGAGUUCAUUUUGAAUCAGGAUUGGAAUGAUCCCAAGUCCCAGCUUCAGCAGUGUUGUUUGACACUUAGGACAGAAGGAAAAGAACCAGAUAUUCCUCUGUACAAGACUCUGCAGACAGUGGGGCCAUCCCAUGCUAGAACCUACACUGUGGCUGUUUACUUCAAGGGAGAAAGAAUAGGCUGUGGGAAAGGACCGAGUAUUCAGCAAGCAGAAAUGGGAGCGGCAAUGGAUGCACUUGAAAAAUAUAACUUUCCCCAGAUGGCCCAUCAGAAGCGGUUCAUUGAACGGAAAUACAGACAAGAGUUAAAAGAAAUGAGGUGGGAAAGAGAGCAUCAAGAGAAAGAGCCAGAUGAGACUGAAGACAUAAAGAAAUAAAGGAGGGCACGGAAGUGGUGGUGUAUUUACUUGCUUAAUAACUGUGACUGUUGCCCAUUGAGACCUAGCCUAGUUUUCCUGCAGACAGUGAAUGAAGUGUGCCCAUUGAAAUAAAACACAAAGUCAAAUCACUAUUGUUGUUUUACUGAUGUAAUACGCUGUUUUUAGCUGGGUAGUCUUUAUUACCAAGUAUUUGGUUUCUCUUCUAUUUAAUGGAAAACUUCACUUUGGUAGAUGUGCAUAUUCCCUUUUAUUUUGUUCUUUAAACAAUAAAAUUCAAAAAGCAUA